CGCACGACCCGAGGAAGAAUACGGAGCUUUCCCCUUCUCUGGGGCAUUUACAAUGCCUUCAAACACCAGCUGCCCACCUACAUUUGACUCAAAGCUCGCCCCGGUAAUUUCGGCGCGCUUGUGCGUCGACAUUUGUCGCAUUGCUCGGCUCUGGCUUACAGGUUUUCCUGUCAAUUGAGCUAUUCCGUCGCUUUCCCUGUUUCACCCGCUCCAGUGAGAUUCCCGUGGAAUCCGCCUUCACAGGGAUUCUCCCUUUCCCCUUCCACAUGGCUGUGUUUCCCACUCGUUUUUGAAUCUUUUUUUCUCCGCAAGAGUCCUUGCACGCGUCCGGAAUACGAUGAUGCCCCACCCCUCUAGGAUUAAAGGUCAAAUUCUAUCAGAUCCACCUCUGCAGCACGCCUCCUGCUGUCUGUUCGCUUGAAGGCAUGAGCCUCCUCGCAAAACUGUGAAUUUCAACAUGCCCCUUUCUUCAUGACUGAGAUCCAUGGCACGCCCUGUGGUCGUCAGUUUCCCCUCGGGGUGCUUGGGGCCGCAAAGCGUCACCCGAAGUUUUCCAAACCGCAGUUGCGCGGGCAGCGCUGUAGGGGGGCUUCUUCCGGAUACACACAAGUGUUGUUCUUUAUGUGAGUUCCUUCUUGGGGAAUCUGUUCGCUCUCGUUUGCAGGAUUCGUCUUCUCCACCCUUCCAAAGUUCGCAUGUCUCUGUUCCCAGCUCUGCGGCUUCUCACCUGUCUAACAGGAUCAAGAUUUUCGUCAAGCGACGAAGUUCAGCGUCCCCGGACGCGGUGACUGCCGGUCACAUCGCAAGGACCUCUCCACGUGAAUGCACGGAUUUCUCAACUUCUUCCGUUCCUUCUCGUCCUUUGUUGCCAGGUGGGCACACCCUGUGGCGUCCUACAGUAAAUCAUUUGCAAACGUGCGGCGCGUUCCCUGCGUCCACACCCUUUUCUCUGUCGUCCUGUUCCAAAAGGCCUUUUGAGGCCCCUAGUGGCGUGUUUUGGCCACAGCGUCUCACAGAACACCCAGCUGCCACGCAUUUCGCUCUGCAAAAACUUGCCUUUUCUCCAGUCGGUGGACUCCAAAUCCGCACCAAAUGCGAUGUCGCAGCGCUGCCGCCCUGGAAGCGGUGGCUUCCGAAACGGCGAGCCCGUUUGGGUCACUUGUCGGCUACAGAGGGAGGAGACGGAGUGCAUGGAUCUGCCGGCUCUGCCGCGCCUGCCGCGGACAUUCGCGGAGUGCUGCUUCUCGCAAAUGCCUCACUCGUUCAGCGCAUCCAAAGUCUGCAGCGAAGCGGGCAACUGCAUCUCCGGCGACUGCCUGCAGAGGUUCAGAAGCAGCUCCAAGCGAGGAGCCAGCCAGCGGGCAGCAGCGUGGAUGGAGAGACAGCGGGCAGUCGAGCCCACGGGGCCGCAAGUGGCGCGCGUCCCCGACAGCGGCUGAAUCACGAGAGUGGAGAUGUUCUGGGAGGGAGAAAGCCCCCCAACAUAAAGACGAAAACGACCGAAAGGAGACACUCUCAGCAGCACACCGAGAGACAUGUGUCUCCAGGCGAUGCCGUGUCGCACUCUCAAGCACCAUCUGAUGUCGCGCCGGCUGCUUCGACUCCGUCUCCUUCUCCCUUCUUCGUCGUCCUUCGUCUAGAUAGCAGAACUGGCGCGACUGGCGAGACGACUCCCUCUCCGACGCUCUUGCCGAACUUCCGCGCCCUUCUGCAGGCUGCCCGUGUCCCGGCUUCCCCAUCAUCACCCUCGGUGUCUCCUGUAUCCCUCGCGUCUGCUGGCGCGGCACUGGUUGCAGGUCACUUGACCGAGUACCUCACUGAGGUUGUCCCCUUUCUUCCGGACCUGGCGGCGACGAGCAGGUCUUCUGUCCGCGACGAGGACGAGGGAGUGUUUGCCGCAGCUGUUCUUCGCGCCCUGCUGAUUCAGGCCUCUGCCUUCCUCGCCCACCCACCCACAAGCUUCCAAGCCUUGUCCGUUCUCAUGGCCUUCUCUGCGCUCAGCCCUUCCCUGCCCUUCGAGUGCCAGCAAAUGCCGCACCAGCUGGAGGAAGAACGACGUCAAAAGCAGUUGAGGAAGCUCCAGCCGCUUCUUGCCCAUCCGGCUGCGAAGCGCCUCUUUGAACAGUUACUUCGCAUCUGCUCCGGUGAUGCACCGCAUUCGACAGAUGGGAGAGAACUUGGCCCUCCAGACGGCGAGGCCUCAGCUGCGACGGGGGUUGAAGAGCGAGAUGGAAAUAAAGAAGAAAACACCAAGCACUUCACCCUCCUACAGCCCAACACGGGCGCUCAUCGCCCCGUCCACACACUUUCGGCGCCCUCUGGUGCCGCGAUGUUUUCCGUGGCGCCGGAGGUGUUGCGACUUCCUCCGAUAGACGAGUCUGCGGUUCUCCCGCUGCUCGAAGCCUACUGGCGCUUGGGCCUCCAGCAGCCGGACAUCCUCGCAUUGCUUCUGAACUGUGUGGCUCUUGAGCAUUUUUGGAUCGACGAGCGACAACUCGUGCGCCUCUGCUCGUUCCUUGCUUUCUACGAACGCCCGAGCCUUGACGCAGCGGUGGCGCUGGCUCCUGUUCACCAAAAAUGUGGACGGACGCCCGGUGUCCCUUGCGCAAGUGAGGCGCGAGCCAAGCAAGCUGAGCGUGAUGUGUCGAGUGCGGCGACUCUCCAGGGCGCAAAUGCAGUCUGUAGCAGCGUGGAUGAAUCUCUCGUGAGAGGGCAUCUCGCCGCGGCCGUGUUUCGUGUAUUUGAUUUGGCCGGUGCACGGUUAGCAGAGCGAUUUGAGUUCUUCACGGACGACGAUGUUGGAGAUAUCUGUCGAGCGCUGGUGAGAAUGAAACGCAAUCACGACAGGCUGCGUGAGCAGCAUGCGCGCCAGGCACUGGAUGAGGGCCGCGCAUUGCGUCUGCACGGAAAUGCGGAAGACAGAGGGCAGAUCGAACACGACAGAGCAACUCGCAGAGAUCGCAGGGAUGAAGAGUUCAAGCACAGGAAAAAGAAUUGCUCUCUAGCUCACCUGGAAGACAGGCAACGUCUCCCGCACUUGGAACCCUUCACGGCGUAUUUCAACGUAUGGCAAAGGCCCCUGGGAGUGGCGCUCCAGCGCCACCUGCCUUUGACUCUCCAUGAUUUUCGAUACUGGAAUCUGAUUGAUGUAGGGGAAAUGAUAGCGGAGUUUCAGACAGAUAGAAAGGAUUUCUUUGGAAGCGGAGGACUAAGCUGUCCGCGAUCCAAUGCCGCCCUGACUGUCAGUUCCAGGUGGGGUGACUUGCCCGAUUUGGCGGGGAAGUUUGGCUACGUUCCGACGGCGUAUGCAGAGGGUGUUUUAGAGCCUCGAGGAGACACAGAGGGCGAAGAUCUCGCUCAGAGAAUCGCAAGCGAAGUCUGGAAGUUUUCUAUCAUGAUGCGCUUCGGAUACACUGGAAAAGCUUUGAUGGUUCUGCAUAAACUGGACGUCGGGGAUCCUCGUACCCAAAGAAGCCUUUUGCGCCAUGUGACGAAACUCUUCGGUUUCAGCUGGGCAGGAAAUUUCUUCGCUGAGCUUACUGUGGCAGCAGCAACUGCGGCCUACAAGGCUCGGAUUCCCGUGGAGCGUCAGAAGAAAGGGGUCCACGUUGCAGGUUGGCGGCUGUACAACAAUUUCGCACUUUAUCUUCUCCGGCCGAUAGGCGUCGCCGACACGCCGUUCGAUGGGAGUCACGCAUCUUCCGCAGCAGCACCUGGCAGUGAGGAGCCGAGUGGCACACUCACGGAGGCCGAGGAAGAGGCUGGAGAGGACGGCGAAGCCGAUAAGUUCAGUGUGGAAGACGAGGCAGAAGCGCAAGACAGUGCAGGAAGCAGUGUCGUGACUACGUCUCCGUCUGCCUCGCGACCAGUCGUUGUGUCGAGAAAAAAGCAACGGCUGCGACGGCUCAUCGAUACAGUAUCGUCUCCACUUCUCUGCUGCGAGAUUGCCACAGCCUUUGCGCGGUUAGGCGUGCCGCAGGCAGCUUUGUUGCAUGCAAUAGUCGACAGGGCCGAGGCAGAAGGUCGCGGAUGGAUGCAUCUGCAGCAUCUGAUUUCCCUAGCGCGGGACAUGCAGGAGGUAUCCGUUCAUUCCGAACGUCUGCUGGCUAUGCUCCUAGACGCAGAGCGCCAAAAGGCUGAGCUACCAAAUUGCAGUCCGGCGGCUCUGGCUCUCUUGCCUCUUCUUCUGGGUCGCAUUCGCGGAUGCCGGCCAGUUCACAUGCCAACGCUGCUGCGUUUGCACCAGCUUCUCCUCGACGAAACCAAUCCCCUGGCAACGAUGCGUGAAUUCUUUAGUGACAAGGAUGUCGAAUGGCACAAAACCCUCCAGACGGCGGCUAAGUACAUCGCUGCAAACGGGCGUGAGGACAGACUAAAUGAGAAGCGACUAGAAGAAGCGGGCGCAGAAGAGAGCGAAACGGCCCAGGAAGCUUCACCUUCGCCACCAACUGACAUUGGGUCCGCUGUUGAGGCAGGCGACAGUCUGAGUUCGUCAACUCGGUACUCCUUCCUCACCGCCCGUUCCCCCCCCUCCAUCGUUUCUACCUCGUUUGUCUCUGCAGUGUCGCCUUUUCCAGUGUGCUUUUCGGGUGACAGCAAAACGGUUUUUGUACAGGGGGAGAAAGAGGGGACGGCGGCAGCGACUGCCGACGCCGCCCGUGAGGCUCGCUGGAGAAAUAGCGUGGAAGCCUUGAUGGCAGAUCCGGCAUUGACGUGCUCUGUACGUGGAGAAGCCGCGGAUGAUAAAGCAUCAGGCGACGCAGGUAACUAUGAAGGCACCCUGUUGCCUACGACUCAGCCAGAGAUUUGUAAGAGCACCGACAUGUCUCUGGAUGCAAGAACUGCACGAACAGACAUUCGUGAGAGCGCAGAGCAACAGGACAGGUGGAGUCGCCUCUGUACAGACGACUCCAUUGAGAGUUCCGCUCCGUUGUUUAAAACAACUCCGAGGCAUGAAUCUUCGUCUGGCUCUCAGAAAGACCAGGCAGAUUCAGCAACUUCAGCGUCAAGGCAACCCAAAGACUCUGUAGGGACACAGGAGUCUCGGCUCCCGGACGAAAAAGGCAAUCGAUCGCAGACACCUUCCGUUCGCCGCCUGGCUUUAUUCUCCGUCGAUGAUCUCGUCGUGCUGCUACGAGGUUUGGAGCUUUCGCGAUGCUGCAGCAAACCGUUGACCAACCAGGUUUUGCGGAUUUUGGAGCGACGAAAGUCGGAAGUUACAGCGGGCCAUCUUCCUGGUCUUCUCAGCGGCCUUGCGACAGUUAGUGGGGGUGGAGCGUAUCCUCUGAUGGCGACUGGGUGCCCAGAGUCUGUUUGGCUCGACGCGGAGACAGGGCAAAGAUCGAAAUACGACACAGGGAGAAACCAUAAGGCGGCAUCUGCGACCAACAUUCUGGAAGAACUCAUCGACACGCACAUUGGAGCCCUGAGUGACGAAGAGGUCCCUGCAUGCAUCUGGGCAGCGUAUGCUCUCGGCAUUCCUGCUGUUCGCCCGUCGCUGCGAAGUGAGCUCGACGAACACCGUCUCAGCAUCGGGUCCGCCAAUGAACACCUGGCGGAUGCGGAGUGCCGAGCCCAACCGGGAGCGCUUGUGAAGCUUAUUCGUCGAUUCCUUGGAGCAUCGUUAAAUGUGUCGGCCCCGCUUAUGCACCUGCUUCAGGUGGUAGGCGUAUGCUUUCGUCUUGAUGCAUUAAGGAACCCGCAUCUGCAGCAGCCGGAAGAACUGGGUCGCUUCGCCGGCCUUGUGGAGGGGAGUCCAAUAAUCCUGCCAGGAGGCAAUGUAGGCGGUGCAAGUUCACCCGCUAGUUUCUCUGUGAGGUCUCUUGUGGCUCGUUCCGCUCUCGCGAGUGAUGCGCACCGAGAGGGCGACGGACUCCGAACAGGCGAACAGGCGCAUGCAACUGGUUUAGCGGGCGCAACAGGCGGGUGGCGAGAGCAAGGUAACAGAACACGAGACUCUGAUGAGGCCAUCGCGACUUCUCCAUCUGAGGCGACAAGGCUGCGAGACCUAGCAACGCGAAAAGCGGUGGCAGCGGCUCUCGAGAAUAAAGGACUCGUAUGCGCUCACGACUUGCCCGCGUUCCCAUUCACCGUGGAUUUGGCUUUCAAUCGGCCCGUGGUUCGAAGUCAAGCGUCGAUCGCCGGAGACGAUCAGAGCUUCGAGAAAGGGGAAAGAGAUACAUCCGGUGGAGCAUCGGGAUUGACAUUGGCCACUGUCGACUGCCAAGUCCACACGCAACCUCGCGGAACCCGGGCCGAUGAGGAAAAAGAUAGGACCAUAGCGUCUCUCGCACGAUCGCCUGAUCGAGACGAGGAGGGCAGAGAAGUUGAAGCACUUCCACCGUUCAUAGAGUCGUGUUCUAGAUCGACGCUCGCACCGCCAAAACCAGUGUGGUCUCACACGUGGCAAGUCCCAGAUGAAGGGUUUCGAGCGCCGCAUGCAGCCGCAGGCGAGGACGAGCAGGUGUACAUCUGGUCCGCGAUUCAGGGAUCUUCGAAGAUUCGUUCGCCUUCCAGUCAGGAAUCCACGUUGGGCACCGAAACCGGCAAUGUGAGCCCUGUCGCUAUUUUUGUCGUGGGCAGCUAUAGGUCACUUUGUCUUAGCGACUUAAGCCUUCUGCAAACCCGUCAGGCAGAAAGGAAAGUCCGUCCGGCACAUGAUGGCUCACACACAAUGCCUUGCAAAGGAGAGGACGCUUUUGCGUUGCAGUGGGAACUGGAUUUGACCAACCAGAUGACAAAGAGAGAUGCUCCACUGCCGGAAACUGGUGAAGGGCUAGGAUCACGCGAGCAGACUCCGAUGGAGACAGAAGGAAAUGCGAUGCGCACGGACCUCAAUAAGCAUGUCGUUACAAUUGUUUCGAAGAGUGCCCUGGAGCACUCAUCAGGGUGGAGACUCGGACCGUAUGAGCAGCUCCGGGACCGUGUUUUGAAGGACCUAGGUUGGCAGGUUUUCUAUGUAUUUGCUAGGUAGGAAGGACAGUCGAUGCUUCGAUCGUGCAUAGCCGAAGCACCAUAAGUCAACGUGCUCCUUCCUGACCGAGAUCAUACGUCAGAACUGGCAACUGGUUUGUAUAAGAAAACAAAGCGGCAAAUCUCGUGGUGCUUUCAGGGAACUCGAGGAUAGCAUGCUAUCACACGAGGCAUGCUUCCGUUAGGGUCAGGUUGCUCCCAAUUUGAGAAGUCGGGUGCAGCAUGGCGAAGGCACCCUUAGGUUCCUUUUUUUUAACCCAAACAUGGCGAUGUUUCAGACGGGGGCGCUGGAGACAUGUUCUUGUCACUCAGACUCGUGAUCUUGUUGCGAGGAGCAAGUGUCAUAUGGAGAUUUCUUCAACGUGUAAAAGCAGAACUUUCACGAAUUUCCACUACUCUGACGCAGGUGUGCCGGUGUUCAUGUGUCCAGUUUGAAAUUGUUGUGGGUUUCGAAUUUUCACCCUCACUUCAUAACGUGAACACAAAUGCCCCACGCCUAUCAAGGUGCAAUGCUAAGUUUGCCAGCUUCAUUUUCGACGACGCACGCACUGCAGCAGAAUGGUAUAGAGGGCUGUAUGUGUUCCAUUCGUGAACGUGUUGACGACCGGUACAUCUAUUGCCGACCCUUGUAAAAAGGUUGCGUCUACAACGUGGCACCGAAAUCGUUCUUCGGAAACUGUUGCUCUGAUAGAGAAUAUCGUUGAGCCAACGAUG